GCUGAAGAGCUGGCCCGGGGGAAGGGCACAAUUUUAAAUUCUUGCCUCGGGUGCAAAAAUACCUAGUUACGGCUCUGCACAUGGGCAUAGUCCAAAAUGCACAGUUAAAAUAUUACUAUCCACAUAGUAUUGUAAAACCCUACUACUUGCUGCACAGCAGGUACAUUUCUAGCAAAGAGACAAUUCAAUUAAAAGUCAACAAGACCGCAUGCCAUCUUCACAAGCUGCCUAAUUGUGUGUGUGCGACAGGUCAGAUUUUAAAAAAAAAAGGCAUGUCCAUGGAUUUUAUAAACUAAAAUCCUACCUCUGUCUGGGGCUUUUUAUCAGUUCACCAAAAAAAAAAAAGAAAGGGCAUUACAGUAUAUAUCCAAAGAUCAGUCAUUGAUUCGGGUAUUUGUCAGAGGAGGCUGACUCAAAAUCCCUUUUUGAAGCAAAAGGAUUAUACAAACAAACAAGAAAGUAGCUUUUCAGGAAGGAGCCAUCAGCACAGAAUGCUUCCUCCCAGGUCUCUCUCGCUCUUUUGGGGAAUGGCAGAGCUUAUACACUGCUUUAUCUCCCAGCAUGCUUUUACCCAGCCCAGGAGGACUAGAACAUGACUGCUAGGAGAAAAGAACACUUCCUAGCAGCCCUGCUCCCCUGGAUCUGAGAGAGCCUGAGAGAGCUGAGCUGGCUUUGCUCACCUCCGCUGUGGGGAGUUCCAGCUCAUGGAAUGCCAGCCCUAAAACCAGUCGGCAGAAUGGGGUGGGAUUUUGGUCUUUUUAACCAGCCCCCAGACUGCUUCCUAGCAACCAUGUCCUACCCCUCAGUGAUCACAUCCCCUGUCCCGCACGUAUUUAAGACGCAAACCUGGAAUGACUGUGUGCUGGUCUAGAAGGAUUCCUUCACAGCCUGAAAAGGCCUAAACACCCCCUUGCAGUGAUUUCCACAUGUGAGGAACUUCUCCUGAAAACAACAGUUCUUCUUUACCAGCUUGUCAAUAUGGCAUGUUAAUGGGCCUGAAGGAGAUGACCUGGAAAGUACAUGUUACUAUGGCAAUGACUGCAGGGACUACAACAUCCUUUCCCAUGAGCAACCACACCCGGGAGAGAGUGACUGUGGCCAAACUUACACUGGAGAACUUCUACAGCAACCUAAUUUUACAGCAUGAAGAGAGAGAAACCAGGCAGAAAAAGCUAGAAGUGGCCAUGGAAGAAGAAGGUCUGGCAGAUGAAGAGAAAAAACUACGUCGGUCACAGCAUGCACGCAAAGAAACAGAAUUCCUGCGACUGAAGAGGACUAGGCUUGGCUUAGAUGACUUUGAAUCGCUGAAAGUUAUAGGAAGAGGAGCAUUUGGGGAAGUACGCCUCGUCCAGAAGAAAGAUACGGGUCAUAUUUAUGCAAUGAAGAUAUUGAGAAAAGCUGAUAUGCUGGAAAAAGAGCAGGUGGCCCACAUCAGAGCAGAAAGAGAUAUAUUGGUCGAAGCGGAUGGUGCUUGGGUGGUGAAAAUGUUUUAUAGUUUUCAGGAUAAAAGGAAUCUUUACCUGAUCAUGGAGUUCCUACCUGGAGGUGAUAUGAUGACCUUACUUAUGAAGAAAGACACUUUAACAGAAGAGGAAACACAAUUUUACAUUUCUGAAACUGUGCUGGCCAUAGAUGCCAUUCAUCAGCUGGGAUUCAUCCAUAGAGAUAUUAAACCAGAUAACCUCUUGCUGGAUGCCAAGGGUCAUGUGAAGCUAUCUGAUUUUGGACUAUGCACUGGUUUAAAGAAAGCUCAUCGAACUGAAUUCUACAGGAACCUUACACACAAUCCACCAAGUGACUUUUCAUUUCAGAAUAUGAACUCAAAGAGAAAAGCAGAAACGUGGAAGAAGAACAGACGACAGCUGGCAUACUCUACUGUUGGGACCCCAGAUUAUAUUGCUCCAGAAGUAUUCAUGCAGACUGGGUACAACAAGUUGUGUGACUGGUGGUCUUUAGGAGUGAUUAUGUAUGAAAUGCUAAUAGGGUAUCCACCUUUCUGCUCUGAAACGCCACAAGAAACGUAUAGGAAAGUUAUGAACUGGAAAGAAACGUUGGUAUUUCCUCCAGAGGUGCCCAUUUCAGAGAAAGCAAAGGACUUAAUUCUAAGAUUUUGUAUUGAUUCGGAAAAUAGAAUUGGUAGUAAUGGAGUAGAGGAAAUAAAGGAUCAUCCAUUUUUUGAAGAAGUUGACUGGGGACAUAUCAGUUCUCUUUUUUGUGUGUGUAGGGAGAGGCCAGCUGCAAUCCCUAUAGAAAUCAAAAGUAUCGAUGACACUUCCAAUUUCGAUGAAUUUCCUGAAUCUGAUAUUUUACAGCCAGUGCCAAAUACCACAGAACCUGACUACAAAUCCAAAGACUGGGUUUUCCUCAAUUAUACCUACAAGAGGUUUGAAGGGCUUACACAGCGUGGCUCUAUCCCUUCCUACAUGAAAGCUGGGAAGUUGUGAAACAAAACAGAACCCCAUAAAAUUAAAAACAAAACAAAAAACAAACCUCAGGUAGCUGCAUCACCAGGCCUGCUUGGCGUAGAUAUCAAUACAGUGACUCUGGUGCGCAUCGACUUCACAAGGAAAUUCUACAGGAUUAGGAUUUCUAAGACUACUACAGGAAUUAGUUGGCAGUGCCAGCUGGUCUUUUUUUUUUUUUUUUUUAAUAUUUGAAUAUUUUUGUUAACUUUAUUAUACAAAGGUACUGGAAUAAAAGGAUCAUACAUCCCUUUGCAACUGCACUGCCUAUGUGUGUAUAAAGGUUAAUUAUGCCUCUGUGUACUGUGGCUUUGUUUGUACUGUAAGCCAUCUAAUCCACCCAGGAGAAAAACAUAUCAUUUUAAAAAGCAACAUGGGCUAAUGUUGCAGCACCAUUAUUUUACUGCUGACCUGGUGGGUUUUAGAUAUACAGUAUAAAAACCAUCAACCAUAUUUGUAAAGGUCUCCUUCGAGUGAUUGUCCACAUGGAUUCCUCUCCUGGUGUACAUGCACCCAUGCACAGAGUAAUUUAACAGUCAUCAAACAACCAGAGACAACAUUGCUCUUUUCCUCGAAGAAGCCGCUCGCCUUGGUACAGAUAUUUCAGAAAUCCUGAGAACACCUGAAAGGGUAGCUCCACCUAUGGAAGAAAGAUACUCCUCCUCUUGCUCAGCAGUGAGAGCAUACCAACCAGAGGACAGGUUCCACCCUAUACUUAACCUUAUUAAUCAACUUCUGUAGCUCCACCUCUGCAGAUCAGGGCCCAUUCCAUCAUGCCCCAGCAGCAUCUGCAGCUCCUCUAAGUGGCAUUCCCUUUUUUGAGCUAUGUAGGCUAACUACCAUUUUCAUUCAGUACUAAUCCUUAGUAGAGAGCUCCAGAUCUGAUGUCCACUUUGCCAGAGCUGUCCUGCAACCAUUGUUUAAACAGACUGCAAGUAGACCUCUGGACAGUGAGGUCACUGCUUGUGAGGCACCAGAAGUGGCACAUAUGUGGACAAUUAUGUAAACAAGGUUACUUGCCUUACAGUACCUGUGGUUCUUUGAGAUGUGUUCUACAGCCUGACCACCUUCCCUGAGGGAUGUUUGGGCCUGCUCUGGCCCUUAUGCCCUCAGAACAUCCAGGAGGCAGAUGCAGCCUCAACAGAUGCUGCUCUUCAAAAGAACCUAAUCUCACACUUAUUAGGUGCAUGCACCCCAGAAGUGGAAUCCAUGUGAGCCACACAUCUUGAAGAACCACAGUUAAUAUAGAGUAAGUAGCCAUUCUUUAUCAAAAAUGUACCCUAUGUGAUUGAACUUUGCAAGAUACAUGAAGGUAAUUUAUUAAGGAGAUUUCAUGGAAAUAGCAAACACUCAGAAAAACUGGUGGUUUGUGUGUGGGGAGAGAGGAGAAGUAUAUACAUUUAACUUAAAGCUACCUACUACACUGACUUGUCUGUACAUAUUGAUUGGUUUAUCACCAGGGGAAAAUCUACACCCUCCUAGUCAUAACACUAAAAAUAAUUUGCAUAUAAAACUGCCGAUGGUUAAUCAAAUGAAUGCUCACAUAGGAGUUACACUGUUAGGGAGACUUACUGCAUUAUAUUUAGCAUAAUAAUCUCUCUUAUCGUGACAGUUCAAUUUCUUUAUUUUCUGAAAAAAUGGCAUUAUUUUAAUCUAAUCAGCAAAUCAAAUUAAAGAAAAUAUUAGAGUACUGCUUUUAGAACGGUAGUGGGAAUUCUUUUUAAAGGCAAGUCUGUGACACUGUAAUGAUCUAAAGACAACAGAAGGUUUAUCUACACUGGCUUUCCAAAAACAAGGAAGUGCAACAUAUCUUUUUGCUUGUUAAUUUUUUCUUUUGACAGUGUUUGUCAUUGUGCCAUUUUCUUUCUUAUUCUCAGAGUACCAAAGAUCCUGAAAUGGCUUGAUGAUUGCAACCAUGUGAAGUUUUGAUUUCCAUGCCUAUGAUUUGUUAACUUCUGUUAAAUGUGGAAUGGGGUAUAUAAUUCAUAAGUUUUUUUCUGGGAAGUUAAUCUAUUCCAGCAGGAGAAACUGCUAAAUCAUCAGUUGCAUAGAGGUGAGCCUGAACCAAAAUCCUGACUAUCCACAAACUGAGGAGGAAGUUUGGAUUGAGAUACAGCUGAGUUUUUGGACUUGGGUCCAUCUCGAAUCAGCAUGGGUUAAUGAACUGAGGUACAGGCAGUAAAUGAUGGUCAGGGGGAUUAUUUUGUGUGUGUGAGAAGGGGUUAAAAAUACAAAGUAAUGUUGCCAGCAUUCAGAAUUGAAUACUGUUGAGACUGCAUUUGCACUGUUAAUUUGCCUUGCUGACGAGUUAGGUAAAUUUUAUUUUUAUAGGUCAAUUAUUAAAAACCUAAGUCAUUGCAUACAGUGUGGGAUAAUUACAAGCAUUGUAACAUACUGUACCUUGUCCUUUUAAUGUUGUUCAUAUUACAAAAGCUCAUUCUCAGAGUCUAAAUGGCAACUGCUAUAUUUUUUUUCCUGGACUGUUGCAUUAGUUGUGGUGGGGAAAGUUACAUAGAAGCAUUAUAAAAGAUUUAUAUGAGGCUUUUUACAGCAUUUGAAAAUAAACAUAGCAUUCUUUUGUAAAGUUGCAGUUUUUUUAA